AUGGUAUCCCGUCGAUCCCUCCGAAGUGCGGCUCGUAAUGCCCCAAACAUGAACCCAAUCACACCCACCAGAACGCGUCGAAAUCGCGUAGCAUCGUCGCCAGACACUAGUGAACUCGCGACUAUGCAUUUUACAGACGAAAUUUCGCCCCUCCAAUUUGUUCAGCCUAAAGGUCUGGGCCUCUACCCGAUGAGACCGAUGCACGAAGCAUGGGAGAGGGAUCCUGGAUUCGUAAACGCACUCCUUGAGUGCCCUGUUGACAUGGCUGACGUCUACGAGUACCUGGCAUACACAGAACUUUGGGACAGUAACAGAUGUGUCUGGCCAAUCCUGGAAGACGCGAGGACGCGCCAAGAAUACGUUUCUGCCUUCCAUACCAUCAUCUCCGAUAUCUUGAGACACUUCCAAUUGGACCGAAAGGAUAGCGGGUAUCGGACGGCCUGGAUUACGUCGUUUGAGCACCACAUCGAUAAAGAAGCGGUCGAAAUCAGGUUAAAUAAAGCGUCAAUGCGCGUUUCUGAUGUCGGGGCACAAGACAAAAGGCGACAUGACGAAGGAUUCUUCGGAAAGGACUCCUAUCCCAUCCCGAACAUCUGCGUGACAGGAACUGGCCCCUGCUUCCGUAGUGCAGACACCGCAUAUCAUUUCACUCCAAGCUACGAGCGUUCGUUCUAUUUCUGCGAAGUUCUCGAAAACCUGGCCUCCCCUCCCCUAUUCAUGCAAACCGAGCUUCUCGAGCCUUUUGCACGAUACAUCUUCUACACUCAGCCUAACCGUACUUUCUUCCGCCUCCUCACCCUAAGCCACAGUGGCCACUACCGACUUUUCCACUUCGACCGCAGUGGCGUGUUGCUUACACCAGAGACCCCACUCAACGUCCAAGGAAACCUCGAAAACGCGAUCGAUUUCGUCAGUGUAAUCCUCAGCCUGACGCCUCAAAACAAUACCGCAAGAACCUUAAAAGCAGCCGGCUUCGACGAGUACAUCUUCUGGAAAGACGAAAACAUCGUCUCUAAUCCUAUUCGUCAAGGCUACAUCAUCAUCUCGCAGAAAGAGAAAGAUAACGCCAGACGAGAAAUCCCCUUUAACCAACGCAUGCUUCCGCUCCUGUCCGACACUCCGGUGAGUAUCGAACCCGGCGUGGCUGGACGAGGUCUUGUUCGCUGGUUGGCCCAGGAUGAGGACAGGAACGCCACAGUAGUGGAGGACUGGUGGGCUGAGCCGGAUCCGCGAGGGAAUCCCCAAGCAACGGCACCCGAAAUCUCCACUUCCGACUUUCGAGGACGAGAAAACCCAAACGAAACCCAUCAACGAUUCAGGAAUCUCAUUAAAUUUCGUCGCGAAUUACCGGCAGAAGAGGCCCAAUAUAUCCUGGCGCGGUAUUAG